CAAAUCUAUUCCACGGACGACAAUAAUUGACUGUCAUCCGAAUCUUGAAAACACAAGCCAGUCAGUGGAAGACAAUUUAGAAGGUAGCAAGACUCACGUUCUCCUAAAUUAGUGUCGAUCAAGACGUGUGGCAUGAUGACUGACGUGACGAACUAGCACAACAACUAUUAACAGUGAUAAGUUUGGAUGACAUCAUCGGAUGAACUUUUAUAGAGACCGAGCUUCUGUACCUCAAUUAACGAGGCCAACAUUUUGCGCUUUUGGACCUGGCGAGAGAAGCUGAGCAUGGCUAUGCCUCCAUGCCACCCUUCAUCAGCAGUCGAGAGAGGGAAAAUUUGAAAAGGAAGAACAAAAGCAAGAAAAACAUCAGUAGCAGCGACAGCUCCAAGUGUCUGGCUGAUGGCCACUGACCACUUGUUAAGGCAAAGUGGGUCAGUCAAGGUGACUGAAGGAGACAUUUCAGCGACAAGCCGCCCUGACAACUCGAUCAACUCAACAUGACUGCUCAAACAAAAUGUACAGUACGGUCAUUGCGCAAGGUCUGGAUUCCAUACAUCAAUGCAGUCAAAACAGGUUUCUGUUGCAACUGCAUCUCACAGUUUAGUGUGUGCUUUGCUUUGUUGGUGAGGUCACGGUUUAGUAGGCCUGUUCAGCACUUGAUCAUUUAUUGAGUGGCAUCUUCCUUCUAUUUCAGGAUUGUUUAUAAUACUGUACAUUAAGUUGCAAAACUGCCAACAUCAAUAAACAUCUGUCCAUGCAGUAUUUUCUAACUGUAAAAGUAGUACAAAAAUGAGGUCACUUUUGUUAAGAUAAAAAACAAGUUUGAGUCAUUCUUUAUUUAAUUUUUGACAGUUUAUGCGUGCUAUGAGAAAAGUUCUGGCUACAGAGGGAAAGAGGAAGCAGUUCAUGUUGCUGUGUACACUUUGUUCUUUUAUUCAUUUUGACAAAUUGCCUUUGUCCGUGCAUUUGAUGAACAGCUAGUUAAGGUGGUGGUUAUUUAGAUUAUUGUAGAUUAAGAAAAACAAGCGUUUAUCUUUUUCAAUCAUUAAUUGAAAAAGUAUCGUAUACGUAAAAAGAUAUAAAAUGCAGAGACACCAAAUGGUACGGUCUGUAUUUUGUCAUGGAAAUCUGUAUGGCCUUAAUGGUGAUUACAUUAGGCCUAGGUCAGAUUUGACAAAACAAAACUGAGCCAUUCAGUCUUGAAAAUAUUUGAUUUUGGGCAAAAAAAAAAAAAAAAGUCAUACACCAUGACAAGGUUGCUGCAACAAAAACCUUGCAAUAACAAUAUGAAAGCUAUAAUUCAUUAAUAAUUUUGGUUAUAGAGCAAUGAUUGCCUUGUGCAAUUGAACACUAUUCAAAUUCAUUUUAUCAUGUUGCAUAAUGUUAAUGUUUUUGAUUAGAAUGUGAAAAAUAUGGAAUACGGACAGAUUGUUAUGGAAGUUAGUCUUGUAGGGUUAGCAACUCUGAAAAUGGAUGGAUGUUCAUCAUUUACCUGGAUGCAACUCCGAUGUAUAGAAGGUUUGUGCAGAGGAUGAGCAGAAAGACUUGGGGGGGGGAAAAUACUCCACCUUAUUGCCAAGAGCCAUACGGUACAUAAAAUGCAUUACUUCACUACCACGACAACAGUAACUUACUAUGUCUGGUCACAAUAUUAGGCACGCUUAUGCACUAAUUUUAAUUCUAAUAGUUGUUUUCGCUCAUUCAGCUACACUAGAGGGUCCAAAUAUGAGCAGCUUUAAACGGCUUCAAACCACAACCUCAAAAAGAAAUGAACCGUCCGUAAUGUUUAAUUUGUACCUUUUCGAAAGUGUAAAUCAAGGCCUAAGGUUUUACUGCAGCUCUUGUAUUACAUCUUAUCAGAUUAUCUGUUGUAACAUGAAGAUGAUGACGUGUUAUGUCUACAGUAGCCUCUGUAAAUUGGUGACCCGGUGUUACUAUGGCAACGGUGUAGACACAUUUCCACAACAAGCUAGAAUAGCUUUAGAGCUGGUAAUUCAAGGUACAUCAUUUUACAUUCAGAUGUUAAGGCAAGGAUUGCAUUUGAGUUAGAAAUGCAAAGCAACAUGUAAUCAGGACUUCUUUCCAAUACAGUACAGAAUGGCUUGUGAAGUUUAGCAACUCAAGUCGUUAAAUGAACAGUUGCUCGACAUACACUUGUUUGUAGGAGUGACCAUUGGAGCUUUUCAUGCGUGUUAGCUGACACUAAUAUAGGGUGAACACUGAAGAGCAAGAUUUUUUUUUAAAACACAUGCUGAUGGGUAUUCAGAUACGUUAUUUGAUAAAAGCAGGCUCAAAGUUGAUUGGGUUUCACUAUUCUUUUACUUCCAUGAUUUAUGAUGACCAAUAUUCCCAUCAUAGGACAUUUAUAGCAGAGGCUUUAACAUUGGCUUAAAAGAUUUUGCCCAACAAAAGAGCAUAUUUUCUGGCUUAAAGUCUGCUUUGGAUAACUACAAGAUUCACGUUUACUGUCAUUCUGAUAAUAUUUCUAUUUUCCAGGUCAACUGGCUACACAUUUCAACCUCAAACAUGCUAAUACUCUUAAUUGUGCAAAGGUGUAAAUAAAAGUGACGAUUACGGGGACGGAUGAAAACCCACUUCUAUCCUUGCUUAGUCCGUCUUUUUUCUUUAAACUUCUUGUCCUCCGUUCGCAAAACAGAUGGGACAGAUGGACGGAUUAUUCCGUCCCUGGGAAGGAAUGGCCCGCACUGGGUAUUACGAUGUAAUUAUGCAAAAAAUCAUACGAUGCUAUCAUCACCCACUUAUUGAUGCAAUAUAAGGUAAUCUUUACACAGUCAGUGGUCGACCAAGUGGGUGACAAGUUGAUGAAAGAAAUCUCAUGUGAUCUACUUCAUUCAAUUACGUGGUCGCUAUUUUAUUUAUUUUAGAAAUUGCUGCCCCUUUCAUACUACUAGUUUGGACAUUUAACUGUGAUUUGCUAGUGGGUGAAGAUGUAGAGAAAUCUUUGGCUGCUGUGUGGAGAAAAUUGCACACGGUUGAAAUGUCUGCAUUUGAUCGGUGCCAAAGAUGUGACGAUAUUUUUGUUUGUUGUGAUUCCCUGUCAUACAAGCCUCUAAUCUUCACACCAUCUGCCAUCAGUGACUUGGAGAUGCGCUUGUUGGCGUCUAUUAUUGUGUUUUAAAACCUGGGCACGACAUUAUGAUUUCUUGAAGGGAAAGGCAAUGCUAUUUAAAUGACUUGAGUCAUAAAAUGUGGAGCAGAGCAAGUGGGAAAAAAGAUUGAGUUCAUAAAGAAUUUCUCAGUGUGAGUAGAGGCUCCUCCAUUGCCUGUUGUUUUUCCACGGAGUAGAUCUGUAAAUGGUGGGGGAUGGGAACAUGUAUGUGCAUGUGUCAGUUGGUUCCCACUCUUGGUAGGGAAGAGAAUCAGCUCCUUUAUUGCAGGGAGGCGAGAGGGAGAGAGUCCUCCCCCACCUCCCACAUGUACAUACACUCUAUAUGGUAACUCUAUAUACACUAUGCAAAUGUUGCAUCCUUGUUGAGGAGAUAAAUGGAGUCCUUUAUAUGCUCGCCACCCUGAGAGGUUCUUCAUCUUUCAUCAUUUUGUGCAUUAGGCUAUUUCACUGUAAUGCUGCUUUUAUGUAGACAUAUUCCCUUUCUAAAAACAAAACCAAUGACAUAUUUUAGAAGGUGCUGUGCGUAGCGUUGUCAGUCCUGCACCACAAUAUUGAGCAAGGUAUGGUGUUCUAUAUCUUCAACUUCUGAGCUAAACAAUCAUCAUAAUAAAUACUAUAUGAUAGUAAAUCAUAAAUAUAUGACAGGGAUUCAGACUGACCCUAAAUGACAUUUUGUUCUGAAAAUUUGUGACAGUGUAAAUACAUUUUCCAUCUAUACUGUACUCACACCCAUGCAACCAGUAAAUUUGAUUAUAUAUAUUUUUUGACCGAUACUCUUCCUAAAUAUUCUUUCUUGGUGAAAAAAUUCUGCUCUGAGUCCAGACUCCAGUCCAUUUAUUGAUAAUUUAGUAAAAAUAAAUUUACAGUACUGUACUUCACUCAACUUAUAGUUGACUUUAAAUUUUCUACUUGCACCUUUAUAUUUCAAGUUAGGAGCCACUGUGUUUUCUAGUAAAAAAAAAUAAUUUGGUGCCCUGUAUUAAUAAAAAAAAAAAUAAUAAUUUGAAGAUAUGCUCUAUGAGUUUUACUUUAUCCAUCAUGACUCGAACCAUCAUCAUCAUUCUCUUCUGCUUAUCUGAGGUCAGAUCGCUAGGGCAGCAGCUUAAGCAGGGAAACCCAAACUUGCCUCUACCUAGUCACUUACCAGCUUGUCAACUUGCACUGACAGAGUUUCUCACCCUAUCUCUGAGGGAGAGCCCCGACACCACGCCUUUCAACUGCUUGUAUCUUGUUCUUUUGUGGCUCGUGACCGUAGGGAUUUAGAUCGACUGGUGAAUAAGGUAUUUUGCCUUCGGCUCAGCUCCUUCUUCACCACGACAGACCAAUACAGGGUCUGUAUCACUGCAGACAACGCUCAAAAUCCUUGUCACAAGUGUUCUGUUAUUCGCUUGUGAAAAGAUGACUACAAGUAGCUCUAUUUGUAAUGAACAUUGUUUUCUCCAUACAAAACGUACCGUAUAUACUCCAGGCUGUCAUUGAGCCUGUAGUAUAAUUAAUGUCUCCAUUAGCUAAUGUACUGCAUGAAAGCUGUCUGAGGCAUGCCUGCAAUACAGUACAUCAUUUUUAAUCCCCAAUAUAAAUGUUUUCCUGUCAAAUGUAUAGUGCCAGCAGAUCACAAUCAUCCGGCAAAGAGGAGACGCGUGGUCACACAUCUCGGUUUUACCAAGUCGGUCAAAUGCAUGCACAACGUCAAAAGUCUACGGUGUAUUUUUAUUCAUCUUUAAUAAUCUAAUUAUACGUACAAGAACAGUCUUGAUCAGCUAUCUUUAAAUGGCAGACAGCGAUCCAAGCCUGGACCGAGUUAAGGUCGGUCUCGUGCCAUCCCACCGUCAAUUGCCUGUAUGUGCGUUGUUAUGCUGGAUUUUCUCCCACAGUCCGUUUUCACAGACGGUGCACAUGGUAGCUCCUGUUUUGUUUAGCAGAGCAAAAUGAGCCAAUCAACUCUUUUGGUUGAGGGCAUUUGUGACAAUGGUACUUUGAAAAUCGAUGUUUUUAAGAAUGUAUAAUUGCUGUUUUCCCGGAAGUCAGCUCAAAUGUUGUUCCUCAUAUCUUCUGAAGACCUUUCUUUGAACUCGUAUAUGUUAUGUUAAUUGAAAAAAAAAAAUCAUAGGUUGGUGUUAAUGCUUGUUUAUCUGUAUGUGCCAGACCAUUGGCCAGCGACGAGUCCCGGGCACACCAUCUCGCCCAAAGUCAGUUGGGACAGGCUCCAGCACACCUGCAAUUCUUGUGAAGUCAACACACAAUGAAAUGGAGAAGAACAGACGGGCACAUCUACGUCUGUGUUUAGAGCGACUGAAAUCUCUGGUUCCUUUGGGUCCAGAUGCCAACAGGCACACGACACUGAGCCUACUGAUGAAGGCCAAAGAUCACAUCAAGAAGUUGGAGGAGAGUGACAGAAGAGCCCAACACACCUUAGAACAGUUACAGAGAGAGCAGAGACAUCUGAGAAGGCGUCUGGAGCAGCUCGGUGUGGAGAGAGUCCGCAUGGAUAGCACCGGCUCCACGGUGUCCUCUGAUAAAUCCGACUCUGACCAAGAGGACCUGGAUGUGGAUGUGGAAGGAACAGACUACCUGCUGGGUGAUCUGGAGUGGAGCACCAGCAGCGUGAGUGACUCAGGGGACGAGCGGGGCAGCUUGCGCAGCAGCUGCAGCGAUGAGGGCUACGCCAGUGCCAGCCUGCGGCGCCUGCAGGACACUCAGGAGAGGGCCAAGCAGCCGGCCUGCGGCACUAUAAACCUCACUGGUCACUAGUCUGUCUCCUCUAUUCCCGUUCCAAGAAUGUUUUGCCAUGACCCGGUUGUAUACCCACCUCAAGACCCUCACCCUCUCUCCCACCUUACCAGGACUAACCCAAUUCUGAGGCUCAUCAACCCAGGCCUCUGCAGAUUCUGUGCCCCAUAUCAACUUCCCACCAUGACUGAGCGCCUUGAAGAAACCCACCCACAGCCAGCCCGUCAUUAUCUGACGGUCGUUAGAUGUGACCGACUCUAAACCAAUCAAACGAGUCGGGUCCUCCCCUACUUCUCCCUCCGUCCAUCACAAAUGCAACUUUCAGCCAGAGAAUGUUACUUUACAAUAUCCCACUGCCUCUUUUUUUAAUGUAUCAAGGGGUACGAGAAGCACUUAUGACAUUUCACCACAGACAGACAUACUCCAUCAUUGCUUCUUGAUGUAAGACGGUGCUUCAAAAGGUGUGCCACACAAGCGGGCCUUUGUUUCUGCCCAGCUCACCACAGCCAGUCAUCUGUUUUUUAUGAACAUCAACAUGUCAACCCUCUCUUUCGUACUUUGGAAGUCAUCUAUAGGGUGUUUAAUAACACUUGAAGGGCACACGGCGGAACAGCAAUAUGAGUCUCACUAGCAAGGCAUCUUCACCCUGACCUUUUUGGUCCACACAUGGACACCAGAGGGUUUAGUGGUGAUACUGUCUGCCACUCUGAUGACUGUGGUGUUUUUCAUGGGUAUGUAUUAGUAUGUAUGUGUGUGUGUGUGUGUGUGUAUGUCCAUGUUUGCCUGGCAAUGACAGUGGUCACCUGUCAAUUUCUUUGACCAUCCACCCGCCCCUCUUUGCGAAAAUGUUUUGACAAGUAUUGGUGCAUUAAUAUUCACCACUUCUUGACCAGGUGUAACCUGGGAUGGAAAAGUCUACCUACUAAGUCAAGAGGCUGAGGAACAUUCCACUAGGUUAGCAAGUGAAGGCUGAGUUUUUGUUUUUUUUUGGUGGUGGUGGUUUGUAAAUUUUCUUGCUAUCACCAAAAAAUACAAUACUGUACCCGCUUUAGAUUUUACUGCGUACCAACCAACCGAGGACUCAAUUCUGUGUGAAUGGCUGAAAGACCCUCUCUUUUGUCUUGCCUUGAUACCUAUUUAUUGUUUUGUAAGAAAUGUACAUCUACUGUCAUGUAAAUAGUUCACAGAUGUCUAUCAGAAGUAUUUAUUAGAUCUGAUAAAAGCUAGAGAUUAAUAUAAAUAUAUAUUUAAUUAGUUACACAUCGCCUUUGUUCUUAUUGUGACGGUUCACAUGUGUAGUUUGUUUGCACAGCCUAGUCAAUCCAUAGAAUAUUUAGAAACGUCUCUUGUGCCUCAAGGCUUUGUGUCCGUUGGAAGGUUUGGCACAGAUUUCUUAGAAGAUGAAAUGUUUCCCUGUGGUUGAUUGUGUUUUGCUGUUUAAGACAAAAACAAAAAAAAAAGUAAAUCGAAAAAAUAUAAAACAGGUGCCAGUGGCAGCAGUAUACGUAGUAGUGUGGCCGCCAUCAAGGCGCAACAAAAAAGUCCUAUCUUCUUCUGACCAAGGGUCAGCAAGGGUUCUUGCUUGGUCAGAAAGACACUUGCACAGUGAGGAUUUGCAGUAUGUUUUGAAUGUAGAAGUCCUCCAUCCUGCAGCCAGUGUGUCUGAGAAGCAACCCCCCCCCCAAACCCCCGAAUGCCACGGCAGAUAUAUCUGAGCAUGAAAAUGGUAUACAUAAAUGAAUGCAUAAGGUGGAAAAAAGAACAAAAACACAAAAAUAGAUAGUAGUUUUCUGAGUGUGGAAUGUUGCUUCUUUUGUGUGAGCUUAACCCUCUUCAACCAGACAGGAAUGGUGUAGAAAUCAUACGAAUGGGGUGUGUUGAAAAGUACAAAUUCACUGAUGCGUGCAUGUACGUGUCGCAACACUGGACAAUUGAUUAUGUGCAUCUCGAUAAAAUCAAGAUAGGCAGCCCUCAAAAUUUGGCCACCACAAAGGGUUUUAGUUUUGGUGUGGUUCCAAGAUUAGAGUCCAAUAGUUUGUAUGAAUUACUGUUUAAUUAAAAAAAACGGAGCCCAUAAGCAGGCAUUUACUAGCGGAAAGUGUGCAAAUUUUAUUGAGAUGAAAGAAAUCAAUAGCCAAGUGUGCAAGUAAGAAUUAUUUAGAGGAAUAGUGGCAUUUGUAGGCAUCAGUAAAAGAUUUUUGUUGUAUAAUGCCAAAAGGAAAAUUGUGCACUUAAAAAAAUAGUCAUGUGUUAUACUUAGCAUUUAAUUCCCCCCAUCCAUGGCCUUGUCCUCCACCAAUCUGCAUGCGUGUGCCUGACCCUAACCCCUACUACACAUACCCACACACACACGCAUGCACACACACACUGGCAUCUGUGGUUCAGGUCAGGCAUGUAUGUGGUGAAUGGAGAGGCCCUGGUGGCCCUGGUGCUUUCAACACCUAUGUCAUGAGGCGGGUGUUCAGUCUCAAAGAACAACCAGUUGUUUAAGCUUACAGGUUUCAGCACUGAUGGAUCUUGUGUUCAUGUUUGUAUGUUAUUUGAUUUGUGCAUACUUUUGUGGCUAGUAUUGCCUUAAACUGACCUAAAAUGUAAAAACCCAACAAAAAUGUACUAAAUGUUUGAAUAGGAUCUGUUGAAAUGUUUUGAGACGUGCUGUCGUUCAUGAACACAACCACACACCUACUCAGAAUCAUUUUGCCAUGAAUAUCAUUGUCACCUGAUGCUGCCUUUCCUCUAAGGCGGCUCAUUUCUUCUGUGUGUUUAAAAUCAACCUAAAGGUGGACAUUUUGUGCACUUAAUUUUUAAGAAUUGGACAACUGAAACAAUUUGUGGCCGCAAUUUAUAUUUGCCAGGGGAAAUAAUAAAUAACUUUGAAACCCUUGUUUAUCUACCUAGCA